GACCAGCAUACCAAGCUCUCUGCAUACAGACUCUGAAUCCUCGUCAUCUCCCCACCCCACCGGCUAAACAAAAUCCAUGCAAAGAACAAUGUCAAAAACUCAUGACAAAGUACUCACCUUCUGGUUUGGCCAGAAAGGCUCCCGAGAGUAUCUUCAACAAAAGUCAUUUUGGUACGGAAGUUCAUCCGACGACACCUACGUUCGCAAGCACCUCGGGCCCGACUACGAAGCCGCCAAAACGGGGGCCCUCGAUGAUUGGAAGUUUGACGGCCAGGGCGAGGGCGCACUAGCUCUAAUCCUUCUCCUGGACCAAGUACCCCGAAAUAUCUUCCGCGACACCCCGCAAGCUUAUGCAACGGACUCCAAGGCAGUUGCUGUAGCGCGAUAUGCCGUGGACCAGGGCUGGGAUAAGAGCAUGCCCGCGAUCCAGCGACGAUAUAUGUAUUCGCCGUUCAAUCAUUCAGAGAAUCUGGAAGAUCAGGAGAUGUCGUUGAAGUUAUUCACGGAGCUGGGAGAUAGUUAUCACUUGCAUUGGGCAAGGAACUUCCACGACCAGAUCAAGCGGGAUGGGAGGUUUGUGCAUCGUGAUCGGAUUCUGGGCCGAUAAAUCAUAUGACCGGUGAUAGCAACGCCUAGUGUCAUGUGUAUCGAUAGAGCAAUAUAUCAGUAAAAUGAAGUUUGUUUAAUACCGCAUUGAGAGGGUCUACUCUGCCUCUAGACGAUCAGUGCGAGUUGGAG